AAGGAAUUGCAAGUAAUAUUAAAACACAAGAUAAGAAUAUACUUCUCAGUUUUCACAGUCUCGCGUGUAAAUAUAUGGGCCGUUCCCAAUGUGACCGGAUAUGGGAAGUACACAUGACAGCUCACAAGAAAGCAAACUUCACUGAGGUCAAUUGAUACUAGUUCAUUUCGCAAUGAUACCUGCAUUGAUGGCAGCUACUAUAUGUAAAAAACGGAUUUAAUGUAAAUGAAGUUCUGUUUCAUUAAUGAUUAAGUGCUGAAGAAUGGGGACCACCAACCUUUUUUUGCCCCAUUUUAGAAGAGCUGCUACAAGGAACCGCUUCAUAAAUGCUAUUGUUCAGGUAGCUCCAAAAUCCAGCUCAGGACUGUGUUCUCAACACACUGGUCGGAAUGGAGUGGAUGCAGGACAAAGGAGAAGCCAUUGCAUUCAGACAGCUUUGAGCUGGCAGCUGCAUGACCUCACAGCAAAGGAGCAGAGGCUGCUGGCUGGCCUGUACGAGGGACUGGUGCAGGGACAUAGGGCCAGCCUGGCCGAGUCCAUCACACUGGUAGAAUCCUGCCACAGCAGGAAGAAGGAACUUGCUCAAGUGCUGCUUCAGCAGGUCUUGGCUUACCAGAGACAACAAGAACGUUUACAUGGAGGAAAACCUCUUGCUUUCAGAGUGGGGUUGUCUGGUCCUCCUGGUGCUGGGAAGUCAACCUUUAUCGAGGUGGUUGGGAAGAUGCUGACAGGAAGAGGACACAAAGUUGCAGUUUUGGCUGUAGACCCAUCUUCCUGCACCACUGGAGGGUCUCUCAUGGGAGACAAAACCCGGAUGACAGAGCUGUCCAGGGAUAUGAAUGCUUACAUUCGUCCUUCCCCUACCUCUGGUACUCUGGGAGGAGUAACAAGAACCACCAAUGAAGCCAUACUGCUUUGCGAGGGAGCAGGCUAUGACAUAGUUUUGGUGGAGACUGUAGGUGUUGGACAGUCUGAAUUCGCUGUGGCUGACAUGGUCGAUAUGUUUGUGUUGCUGAUUCCGCCAGCAGGGGGUGACGAGCUGCAGGGAAUCAAGCGAGGGAUUAUCGAAAUGGCAGAUUUGGUUGUUGUGACUAAAGCUGACAGCGAUUUGUUGGUUCCUGCCCGCAGAAUACAAGCUGAAUACACCAGUGCUUUGAAACUUCUUAGAAAUAAAUCAAAGAUGUGGAAGCCGCAGGUGACCCGCGUAUCCUCAAAGACUGGAGAAGGGGUUCCAGAGCUGUGGGCUAAAAUUAAAGAGUUUCAUGAGGCCAUGCUUGGCAGUGGAGAGCUGGUAGCCAGGAGGAGCAGCCAGCAGAGGGUGUGGAUGUGGAACCUGAUCCAGGAGAACGCGCUGAGGCAUUUCCGGGAGCACCCUGCGGUCCGCGAGCAGAUCCCAGGCCUGGAGCAGAAGGUCACCAGUGGGGUGCUGUCUCCGGGACUGGCUGCAGAUCUGCUGCUGAAGGCUUUCUCAGCAAGACAGUGAGCACUGGAGAUAGUAUUUUACUGAUACCUUCACCACCACAAUAAUGAGGGGGGGGGCAAACAAUGCUGAUUAAAAAAGAGCAGCCAGCUUAAGGACUCUCUUUGUUUUGGAUGGAACACAUUGUAUUUUAAGAUACUGUGUUACUGGUCCCUUUUAUGCUGAGUUUUCCCUAUCUGUCCCUCAAUCCAUCCUUUCCACUGGGACAGGCUACCAGAACAGUUUUUUUUUUCUCAUAGACACUAACUAGAACCGCAACUGGGUAAUCAACUGGGAAAUGUUUCACUACCUAUUACUGCCCAACUGAUCCACCCGCGUCUUUGAUCUGUAAUACCUAACUGAGCGGUUGUUAUAAUUGUAUUUGUAUCAGGUCUUGGAAGCAUGAUUCUUUUAGUAAUGCUGAACUGAAAUGUAAAUUUGUAAUUGAAAGUGGUGCACACAUACAGUGAAUUUCUACAGGCAGCAUGUUUUGGUUUACAGGUGCCAAUGGCACCUAACCCCAAAAGACAGUUGCCAAAACCAUUUUUUUUGUCGCAUUUGUGACCAUUUUAGUCGCAGUCUGGAGCCCUGUCCGACCACCAUUGUUCAAAAGUGGCAAAAAAAAUAUUCAGACAUAUAACCCAAAAUAAAGAUCCACUGUAAGACAAAUGCACCAAAAUUCACCAGAUGUAUUCCUAUAGGAACCUGUUUUGAAGACUGAGGUGUGUUUAAAUGUGAGUGUUUAAAAGUAUGGAUUUUGAAGACUGCAUUAUUUACGCACAACAAUAUGACAGGGAGGAUGACAGACUCCAGGCAAUUCAAAACUGCAAAUGGAGAAAAUACUCAAUGAACCUAAAAAAAAAAAAAGAAAAGCAAAGCGGCUGUGUUUUAAUUGUUUAAUGUAUUUCAGUACAGUGCAUUCUGUCACAUAGAGAAUUGUUUAAUAAGGUAGACCGAGCAAGAAUUGAAUUUGAAAGUUUUUCACAAAGCUUGCAGGCAGAGUUUUCCAACCUAGGGGUCUAUUCAGUUGAUCUAAACAGUGGUGGAUCUAAACACCACCACCCUUUACUUAGUAAAUGAGCACAAACCUUUGUGUCAAUCAGAAACGAGUGGCGGAUUAAAUUGGUAAAAUACUGUAUGUGGUAGGAAUUCCUGUUGCCAUGUAAAAUCUGGUGAAUUUUUGAGGUUGUGGUUGUAUUUGAGCAAAUUUUUUUGAUUGAAUUGCAAGAUGGAAAAUGUCAAACCAGCCAAGAGUAAAAUGGAAAAGAAGAAACAGCUUCUUCGCUCUUUGAGUAAACCGAUAUAAUCAAAUUGUGAAAAUGUAAAAUACCAAACAAGCAAAGAACGGAACACAAAAGAAGAGACAGCUUAUUCGGUCUUCAGGCUGCUGGAGGAUACAGUCGGAACAAAUUUCAAUUGUCCGAUAGUUCAUUCCUAAUUUGGACGAAGUACCCAAAGAAAACAAACUUUCUCUUCGUACAGCAACAGCAGCUGCUUCUGGGGCUAUGCGAGGCUUCAUUUUUGUCAAGCAGAGAAGUGCUUCUGUGUGCGUAAGGGAGUUCAUUGCAAUUCUAAAUGCCACAGCAGCAAGCCUUGCAAAAACAGUGAUUUGUGUGUUAAAAAAUAAAAACAUUUAAGAAAGCUUUUUUUUGUUGUCAAAAAGCAGUCUCUGUCUUUAUUCUACUUUAUUGAUUGGGUCUGCAAAGUCUGUUUUCUAAAAAGUGGUAGUUUGAUUUAUGAGAAUAUUAUAAAUGUUUAAUAAGCAUUCUUUUCUUUCUUUUUUCUUUCUUUUAGAAAACUGAUUAGACAAACUUGGAUUGACAUUUGAUUUUGCAGUUUAAAUACUGUGUAUACAGUCUUAUAAUAUGAAUAAAACAAUACAUUUUUGGUUGUGUUAAUUUUUUCCUCUAAAAUUGUAUUUUCUAAAUAACAAGAUGAGAAAUUACGAAUGGUAUUUCAAACUCGCUUGAAGUUUAAUGUUUGGGGUCAUUAUCCUCCUAAAUUGCUUAACAUGACCCCCUUGCAAAUGAGACCACGGUCUCAAUGGGUUAACUUACUGCAUACAUAAUAAAUACAUACAUAAUGAAUCAAUGACGUGUAUCUUAUAAAUAUAAUUUACUGCUUAAUGUUCAUUCAAUAAAAAAUAAAAAAAAUGGUAUUAAAAUGUUUGUUUCACUUGAUGCCCAUUUUUACACCCCGCAAUUAAUUGCUAUUCGCAGACUGAGCAGCAUCUUUAAAAUGUAUUUGGGAACUGUGCAUUUGGUCAAAGCACAUUUUGCAAUUUGAGUAUAUCGCUUUACUCAAAGACCGAAGAAGCUGUCUCUUUGUGUUUCGCUGUUUGAUUUUUUAAAUAUUUUCCAUUUUGCAAUUUGAGCAAAAUGAUUUGCUCUCGCACCGAAAUAACCUUUCAUUUCUUCAUUGGCCGAAUCCUGACUAUGAGUGUAACAUCAUAUAGAUCUAGAUAUAUUAGCACACUACACCUGGUACUUGAUACUGAAGUGAUUUGUGUCUUUCUUAUGAGCAGGUCCUAGUUCAGCCUACAGCCUACAUACUACAGCCUGAAUUUUAUGAACCUUAAAAAGCUGAAAUAAAGAAAUUUCUGUAAUGA